AUUAUUUCAGUGGAAAACUAUAAACCUUUGACAUUAGAGCUGAUAAUGUUUUGUUCUGCAGUCCGCGGUUAAUGAGCAGCAUUGUUAAUUAUUAUCUUCAUGCUAGCCUUAUAUCUUAUCUCCACUCUUUCAUUUACCAGUGAGCUUUCAUGAGAGAAACAGCACAGAGGCAAUGUCCACUUUCCAGCACAGCUGGCCAAAGUGAUUUCUUCCCAAAUAUGGAUGUUUUUCUUUGAUACACUCCAGCUAAAACACCCAAAAUGGAUAUUUCUUUGCUACAUACAUUAAUUUGGAUUGUAGGUACGACGUUCAUGACUUUGCCUCACGUAAAUCCAGGAUUGUUAUCCGACUACAAGAUCUGUGGAGAUUCUGAGUGUGAGAGCCUAAUGAGCAGAGUGCAGGCCAUAAGGGACCAUAAGAGCAACGACUGCCGCUUUCUGAGCUUCAGACGUGGAGAUACCAUUUUUGUCUACCACAAACUUGCAGGAAAGAGGGAAGAUCUGUGGGCAGGCAGUAUUGACAAACAGUUUGGCUAUUUUCCAAAGGAUGCAGUAAAAGAGGAGCAAGUUUUUGCAACCAAGGAGACAGCAGUGGAAACACAGAAAUCAGAUUUCUUUUGUAUGGAUGAGUUUGGCUACCCCAUUGAUUCCACUCAUUUUGACUCGGACGAUGACAACAAUCAGGAAAUUCAAAAGCAGGAGUCAGAAAUCAAUGACAUCGCCAAAGAUUUGCAUGAGACAAAUGCUAAAAACCCCCUGACCUCUGAAGAUCUCUCCACUGAAUCAUCAGAUUCAGUACAGGAAUCAGAAGGAGCAAAGACACUUGGGGAUGCAGCAGAUCCACCUGAAGAAGUGCAGGAGAUUCAAGCAGCCUCCAGCAAUCAAGGUGGGUCGGCCUCCUCUUCCUGGCUGAGCUCCUCCGUGACGGGAUGGUUUGGUGCAGGGCAACAGGAAGAAACGCUAAAAGGUGAGAGUGAAGAUGAGAAGACAGAGAACAAGGACGAAAGCUCUCUCACCUCCUCUGUGACAGGAUGGCUGGGUUUUGGGAGAAACAAUAAACAAGACAAUCCAGAUGAAAGUGGGACAAAGACAGACAAAACAGCUGAUACCAUAGCCUCAACUGUGACUGGCUGGCUCAGUUUUGGGGGCGAGAAAAAAUCAGAUGAAGAAAAAGAACAGCACGAUGAAGGAGAAACGGAUGACGGCAUAGAACCAGCUGAGAAAUACAGAGGCAGACGGAUGUCUUUAGACCUGGAGGGAAGUCAGCUACACGAAGAAGAGAAAACUGAGAUGGGAACGCUGGGCUGGUUGGGAAGCAAGCUCUCAAGUGGGAUGGGAUAUGGAUUGACCAAUCAGAAUGCAGAGAAAGAAAAUGAGGAGAAGACGGAAAAGGAAGAAUAUAGUUUUUGGCCGAAUGCGAGAAUUGGGGACAUGUUGGGCUUUGGGAAGGAAAAGGAGAAAGCAGAUCAGAGUGUAAAAAAUGAGAAAGAGCAGGAUGAUGCCUCGGACCAGCCGGAAGAAUCACAUAAUAUAGAUACAAGCUCACAGGAGGCUCCACGGAUGGAUGAAGCAAAGGCGGACACCAGCGAUUCACCAAAGGAAGAUGAUAUUCUAAAGGAUCCACAUACCCAGUCUCAAGAAGAUAUGAAAGUCGAAAGCACUGAUAUUGAUGAUUACAAAGUAGAAAUUGAAGAUGCAUCAGACAGAAAUUACACCAAUCUUAAAAAGGAUGAAGCUGAACUCCAUAUUGAUGAAUUGAAUGAAAAGCUCCAGAUGGAUGUGGAAAUGUCACAGAUGGACAGCAGCAUUUCACAGAGAGAAAAUCAAGAAAAAAAAGAUUUAGAGGAAAUCCAAGUUGAUGAAAGGAUAUCUGAAGAUGUGGACACCAAGAAUACAGAGACUUUUAAAUCAGUGAAAAAUGGGGAAGACAUUACUAUUGAUCCUGGACAUGAAGAAAUUGCCACUACAGAUAAUAAUCAAGAUUUUAUUGAACCGUCUGACCAGCAAUCAAAGGAUGUUGAGAGUUAUGAUGAAUUAUUGCCAAACUCUGAAAGACCUGAAGGUAACGAUGCUCCACAGAUCACUAAUAAGGAGGAAUUUGCCAAAAACACAACUAAAGAAAGCAGCCCAGCUGAAUCCACAGAUAUAGAAAGCAAAAGUAGUGAUGAUCAAAAGAUCGAAGAUCAAGAUUUGAAUCAAAAAGAGGAACCAACAGAGGAAAAUCAAGUCAGUGGUGAUACAGAAGCAGCAACUGAACGUGUCCAAGAUGAUGUCAGUUUCACAUCUGAGGAUCAACUAAAUCUAACAUCUGUUUCUGGUGAUAACUCAGACAUGGGGAGCCAUCAGGAUAAGUCCCAAAAUGAAGAAGAAACAAAAUCUGAAUGGAGCACUAGUGAGGAAUCUGGAUCGUCGAUUUCUGCAGAAGAUGAGGGAAGUGUAUCAGAAUAUCCAUCAGAGGAUGGCAAAGUGUCCUCCAGUGAUAGAACAUCAACAGUAUAUGAGGAAACAGCUGAUGUUAAUAUUCACUCUGAAGAAACAACACAUCAUGAUGAGCAAGUUGAAAAAAAGACUUUAGGCUUUGAUGAGGAUGUUUCCAGUCAGAGUGACUUAACUGCAAGACUGGAAACAGAAACACUAGAAACCGAGAUGCCAAAGGAGGAGAUAGAAACAAGUGAGACAGGGGAUGAUUCAAAAGAAGAGGAGGUGCAACAGGAAGUAAGUGAUGACAAAGAAACGGGGGAUCCGAUGAAGGAUAAACAACAAACAGAGGUGGUGGAGAAACAGAAUGAUAACGAGGAGUUGGAUGAGAGAAAAAAGUCAGAGGAGGAAAAGGAUGAAUCAGCUAAUAAAGACGUUGUAGAGCUAAAGGACAAAGAUGGCAACCAAAUGCAUGAACCAAAGGAGAAAGUUGAGGAACAAGCAGAGGACGAGAAACAGACGCUGCCAGAGGAAGAACAGCAGGUCGUGAUGGAGGAUACGAUGGAAGCUAAGGAGGUAACUGAAAAAUUGAUCAAAGAAGAAAAGGAAAAUCUGCAAAAUGCAGAGAUGGAAAGGAUUCAUGGUGACACAAGUACACAAGCCUUGGAUGACAAUCAGAGGGAAGGAACAGAUGAUAGCUCACCAUUCGUCACUGGAACAGUAACAGAGUCUGAAAACCAGGAGUUGGAAAAAGAGAAAGAAAUUGAAGAAGUGAUUAAUGAAAAACUGGAGACUGACGACAAGCAGCAGACGAUGUCUAUAGAAGCUGACAGCCUCAAAUGUCCAAAUUGUCCUGAGGAACAAGAAGUUGCAGUGACAGAAAAGAAUGAGGAGGAAGCAGAUGAAACAGUAGGAGGAGGAGCACAAGAAGAUGAUACUGGAGAAAAGCAGUUAACAGACUCAGAAGGGAAUAAUGACUCUGAAAUGCAACCUAUUAAAACUGAUGCUUCAACAUCUGGAAGUGAAGACCAGAGGGAUGAAAGGGAGCCCUCUGUAGAUAAAGCUGACAGUCUAACUAGCCAUGCGUUUGAAGAUCAUAAAAGGGAUUUGAAUCCACCUGAAGCAGCAGAAAGUGAAACCAAAGAAACCUUUGGUCUUUUCAAAAAGGCUUUUAGCUUUUUUAGACAAACCCCUACCACUGAAUCAAAUGAGUUAGUUGAAAUAACCAGUACUAUCAAUGACAGUUCAGGUGAGUCACCAGAGCUACAAACGUCUUUGACUCCUCAGCAAGAACCAACCCCAACCACUAAUUCCCCCCAACCCCAACAGGUGAACACACCUACCCCCAUGGAGCAGCCUCAUCCUCCUCCCUCUGCAGAAAUCCACAUUCUCCAUGCCGCAGCUUUGACAACUGAUGCACUUCUGGAAAGAAAAACCCUCACAGGACAGUACAGUAACCUCUUCCACCACAUGAGCCUGGAUGAGAUAACGGUCCUGAUGGAGCUUUUUGGACAACACAAGUUGGAGUUUUUAGAUUACAUUUUAACAAGUCCAGAAGCAGAAGCUGAAAACCCAGAAGUUGAUCAGUCCAUACUGUCUGAUAUGGAAAGUCUUCUAUAUUACCACAGAGAGGUUCUGGUUUCUUCCGGUGUGGGGACUGCUGAUGCCCCACAUGAGGACAAAGAAAAGACCAGAACCCUUGUUGCACUUCAGAAGAUGGAAAUGUUAUUAAAAACCGUGAAAAAGACUUCGGAUAUUAAUAAUCAUGAAGCUCAGAGUGUCUGUGACGGCACAUCGUGUUCAGAUGAAGACGUGGACGAAAAAGCAAGCAUCCAGGAUUCAUCUGCACCCCGGGAUGACAGCAUUCACACAGAAGAACAGCUAGAAGACGAGAAGGCCAACGGAUUCAUGGACAGUAACAUGGUUGAAGAGAAAAACAAGGAUAAAGAAACAGAAGAAAAAAGAAGCGAAGAAAAGAGACUGUCACCUCAGCCACAUGAAGGAGCAAUGACGCAAAUCUUGGACCUAAUUCAUCAUGUCAGAUGGAUCAUUGCAUGGCUUACUGUGCAAGUUGUAUCAUCACUGCCAGAGGACAUAAGACCAGGGCCAGACCUGUAUGGUGUGCCAUGGGAGCCGGUCAUCAUAACGUGUUUGGUGGGGCUGGUGACAGUCCUGUUGUUUACAUGUAGAUGCUACAGCUCUGUGAAAAGUAGAAUUUAUCGAAGUAAGGAGCGGUGGAUGGCUGAGCAGGUUGCUACUCUGCUCGAUGAGAAGUGUGAAGUCCUGGAAACUCUCAGCCAAUGUCAACAAGAGUAUGAUGACUUGGAGGUCUCUCUGAGGGACAGUGGUGUUCUGGCCCAAAGUAAAAAAUCCCAAGAUUUAGAGCUCAAAGCCAAGCAGUUGGAAGAAACUAAAACUGAACUGGAAAGGGAUCUAGAACAGGUUAAAGAUCAGCUGGACCUGCAAAGAGAACAUAGGAAAGAGCAAGAAAGGAGGAUUGCCUCACUCGAGGAAAACAUGAGAGUACUGGAAGAAGAAGCCAAUGAACUUCAAUCUCAGGAAGAGCAGGCACAGACCACUCUGAAGAUAUACAAUAUGAACAGUGACAGACUGCAGAGGAACCUGGAAACAGCAGAAGAAGAAAACAAACUGCUACAGGAGACCAACAUGCAUUUUAGACAGGAAGUGGAGGGGUGGGCAGAAAGAGUGAGUGAGUUGCAGGAGGAGAUGCAAAGAUGUGAAUUUGCUCACAGUGCGAUGCUGCAGGAUGUUGGCAACAAAGAUGAACGCAUAAAGUCUCUUACAGAUCAGCUUCUCAAGAUGAAGGCCUGGGAUUCAGAGCUGGAGGAAGAGGAAGGGGAAGGAGUCGAGAAGGGGUCGACCAAAGGGAGACAAGGAAAAGGGGAGAAAACUGGAAAUGCAAACCUCACAGACACGCAUCUUCAGAAAGUGCAGAAGCUUAUUUAUGCUGCUAAGCUGAACGCUGAUCUGAAAUCAGUGGAUGAAGAUAAAGACAGAGUAUUUGCCAAACUUAAUGAUGAAGUAAAAGCAAAGGAAGACUUGCAAGAGAGCAUUAAGAUGCUGGAGACUGAGACAUUAUCUCUGCAGUCUGAUACUAAGAUCUACUCUGAACAGGUUGAACGGUUACAACAGAAGCUCCAGAUUAUGACAGAAAUGUACCAAGAAAAUGAGCUGAAGCUACACAGAUUGCUGACCGUGGAAGAGAAGGAGCGACAUCAGAAAGAGGAAAAACUGAAUAAAGCAGACAAAAACAUUGCAAUGGCAAUGGAAGAGCUUAACAACUACAGGCAACGAGCAGAAGAAAUGGAGGACGAGUUGAAGAAAACAAAACAAUCUUAUGAUACUCAGAUAUCAGCACAUGAGAAGAAGGCUCAUAAUAACUGGCUGGCAGCCCGAGCAGCAGAGAGGGAGCUGUCAGACAUUAGAAGAGAGAACGCUCUUCUACGACAGAAACUCACAGACACACAAUUUAAGCUGGAUUCUCUUGACAAAGACCCAUAUGCCUUGAACAGCCUUGCUAGACCGCUGCCUUUUCGAGGUCGACCAUCCUCUGAGAACAGAGCUUUUCUUUCUUCUCCUGUACUCAUGGAUGAGCCGCCUCCAAGACUCUCCCCCAGAGUGAUGCGGAAUCCAGGGGAGCCCCCAGGUGGCCAAGGAGAGAUGGAGCACAGUGGAGGUCCCCAUUCAGACAGCGGGUCAAUUUCUCCCACAUGGGAGAGGGAUCGCAGAGGACCCCCUCCGGGGCCUCCAGGACCCCUUCAAGGCCCUCCAGGUCCUCUUGGACACCCAGGCUAUAUGUUCCCAGAGCCAGGGCCCCCCAUGUUCAGGAGACACCCACCUCCUCCAGCAGGUCUGAGUAUGAUGCCUCCUCCUGGUGCCCUCCCCCCCAGAGGGCCUCCCCCAGGGCCCCCUCAUCCUAUAGACAUGGCUGACGGAGCUUUUAGAGAAAACAGCUUUGGACCUGGGGAUCAAGAUGGCCGACUGUCUGGUCCUGGUGAUCGGAGGACUCCCCCUGAAAUGGAUCCCAGGAUGGGUGGCCCCCCUCUUCCUGGAUCGUCUAUGGGUCCCAUGGAUGGACCGUUUCCUCGCAGAGGCCCUGCCCCUUAUGGACCACCCCCUCCCACUGACUUUUACCCUCCCAGGGGAAUGGGUGGCCCUGUUAUGAGACCCAUGUGGGCGCCCCCUUCUUCAGGAAUGAUGUUCCCUCCUCGAUUUCCUCCCACUGGACCCCUUCUGCCUCCUGGAUCUCACCCAAACAUGCCUCCGUACCGGCCCUCCAUGGGACCUCUUCCUUCUGAUAGCUUUCCUCCUCCUUCCAUGGGCCCUCCUCCUCCUCAUCAGCAGCAGCCCGUCCCGUCAGCACAGCACAGUCAGCCCCAGGAGGAAAACUCCCCACCUCCUGAAGACCUCAUCUGAGUCCAUUUCAACUUCUGGUUUACGCUCAAGUCAGUGGUAGGAAGACGGAAGGGCACAUCAUACCCUUUUUUACAACUAUUUAUUUCCUGAAGAGAAUUUAUUUAAUAAAUAGUGUUAUAGUGGAGGAGAAGCAUCAGCUUUCUGUAGGCAUUUUUCAUGAUUUCAUUCUGCCUUUGUUUCGUUUACCUCCGAACUAAUCAUCUUCUUCUUCCUUGGCCUUCUUCAUCGUCCAGCCACGCCGUGCUGCGGCUGAUGCUGUUUUGUAACCACUGCAAACAGGCUCUUGCUCAGUUGCGUGUAGCAACACUGCCAAGUGAGCAAACACAGCUAACUGUUUGCUCAACAAAUCAGAAAGGUUUUUCAGAAAAGGAAGCCAGCUGUCAAACCAGUGACUUAAAUACUAAAGGAAACACGUUUUAGGCCUGAAAUGCAUCCUUUUUGAUAACAUUUUAAUUUUUUAAAAUAUGUCAAGUAUUACUUUUGUUGUUUGCCUGAUUUGACCCUUUAGUUUGCUCAUAUGAGGUCUCGAUUUGCCUGUCAUUGACUAGAGUUGAUUAAAACUCUGAAUAUCCCUCAAAAUUCAAGAGUUCCUCCAAAUCCAAGCAAGUGUUUGAAUUUUACUAACUUUCCCGUGGAAUUCAAACUUUCUCUUUCAUAAUGUUUGUUUCCUUAAUGCAAGAACUGCAAUCAAAAGCGCUUUUGAACCUGUUACCUGGACUUGCAUUCUGCCAUCUGGACCUGAAAAGAGUGGCUUCAAAACCUGCUUAUGUUUUGUGAAGCAGGACUCUGUCUGAUGGAGGUAAAAUGAAUGAUCUGACUGCAAUAGAGACAUCUUAAAGCCACAAACAAACCAAGAGGCUUUUUUCUGUGAAUUUUGUAAAGAAAAAAUGAUAAUUAUGAUGGAAGAAUAAAGAUUCAUUAACAA